AAGGGAGGGAGAGAGAGUGGACUAGAAAAAGUUAGUGCAACAGAGGUGAUGGACUUAGUCCAGUAAGAGUGACAGGGAACACACAAACUCUUCAGAGGGCUGAGAAGAACAUGCUGGUGGACUUUCAUUGCCUUCAAAACCCAGAGGAACCUACAUCUACAGCAGUUAACACAGUUAUCUGCUGAUCAUCUGAGGUCUUCAAAGCCCACUUCUCUUUAUCUUCUUAUUGAAAUACUUGGGAAUUUUUACAACUGUGAACAUUUUAAAGGACUCCCAAGGACUUGCUAUCUUGAAAGUCACACCUUGAUUUAAUUUUAUUUUAAUUUUAAAUCUCCUUGAGAAGGCUUGAAUUUGUACUGGUCAGAGUUCUUAAGUGAGGAUUUGCGUCACCACACAAACAGAGGUGUUUAAUUGAGGGCUUUAAGACUGAAGACCUUUCCACUGACACCGAGGACAUACUGACAAGCAGAGACAGUGGGGGGUUACGACAGACAGAGAGAAAGAGAGAGUGGGAGUGAGUGGGAGAAGAGAGAGGGAAACCCCACAGAGCAAUUUCUGCAAGUUGUGAUGACUAUUUCCUCAGAGGCACUUCACACUGUUUCUCCUGGACAUUGACAAAUUUCGAGAGGGUGCUGUCCAAUAGACUGGAAUCAUCUGGUAAGGUUAAGGUGUGUGUGGUCAUGGAUGUUCCUGCCCUAGUAUGGCUGGUGUUGCUCCUGGCGAGUGGACGGCUUCCUGAAUCGGAGGGCAGCACUCAGCAGUUUGACAGCAGUGAUGAAGGUCCGGAGGUUGAAUUCCUGUCGACCUCUCGCACACGAAGGGCCCCCGAGCCUCCUCCGCAAGACAAGUGCUCCUACACAUUUAUCGUACCCCAGCAGAAGGUUAGGGGAGCCAUCUGUGUGAACUCCAAGGAGCCCGAAGCUGUGCUGGAAAACCGUGUCAAUAAGCAGGAGCUGGAACUCCUCAAUUCUGAACUACACAAGCAGAAGAGACAAAUCGAGACUCUGCAGCAGCUUGUAGAAGUCGAUGGCGGCAUCGUCAAUGAGGUGAAGCUUUUGCGCAAGGAGUCCCGUAAUAUGAAUUCCCGAGUGACGCAGUUAUACAUGCAGCUGCUGCAUGAGAUCAUCCGCAAGAGGGACAAUGCGCUGGAGCUCUCGCAACUUGAGAACAAGAUCCUCAACCAGACCUCCGAGAUGCUGCAGCUUACAAACCGCUAUAAAGAUCUGGAGCAUAAGUAUCAGCACCUCGCCUCACUGGCCAAUAACCAGUCAGCGCUAAUUGCUCUUCUUGAGGCACAGUGUCAGAGAGGACCACCAAUUGUGGUCCCCAGGGUACCGGUCCAGCCUCAGCCCCAACCGCAACCUCAACCCAGACCCUCACCACCCCUCAAUAAACCCUACCAGCCGCCAACCUUUAGCCGCAACAACCAGAUUACCAACGAGAUUCAGAGCGAUCAGAACCUCAAAGUGCCACCUGCCCCGCUUCCCACCAUGCCAGGAGGAACUCACAGCCCAUCCACAACAAACAAACCCUCCGGUCCCUGGAAGGAUUGUCUGGAGGCUCUGGAGGACGGUCACACUAACAGUGGCAUGCAUCUAGUGAAGCCAGAGAACACCAACAAGCUGAUGCAGGUGUGGUGUGAUCAAAGACAGGAUCCUGGCGGCUGGACGGUCAUCCAGAGAAGAAUGGAUGGCUCCGUCAACUUCUUUAGAAACUGGGAGACAUAUAAGCAAGGCUUUGGAAACAUCGAUGGAGAGUAUUGGCUGGGCCUGGAGAACAUAUACUGGAUAACCAACCAGGGGAACUACAAGCUGCUGGUCACCUUAGAGGACUGGUCUGGACGCAAGACAUUUGCAGAGUACGCAAGUUUCCGCCUUGAACCCGAGAGCGACUUCUAUAGGCUUAGGGUGGGCCGCUACCAUGGCAACGCUGGUGACUCCCUAACUUGGCACAACGGGAAGCAGUUCACCACUCUGGACAGGGAUCAUGACGUAUACACAGGCAACUGUGCCCACUACCAAAAAGGAGGGUGGUGGUAUAAUGCCUGUGCCCACUCAAAUCUGAAUGGCGUGUGGUACAGGGGAGGUCACUACCGCAGCCGCUAUCAGGACGGCGUGUACUGGGCUGAAUUCAGAGGAGGUGCCUACUCCCUCAAGAAGGUUGUGAUGAUGAUACGACCCAACCCCAACACCUUCCACUGAGCAACACAUAAACACAGGGAAUGAACUGAUUACUGCUCCCCCAUGGUCGCCGUUCACCCUAUAAAGUGCAAUUCAUUUGUGGUUUGGCUUCCUACGUAACAUAGUUAAAUAACAUAUGUGGCAAAAGGACAAACAGUGUCUUGGCUGAUGUACUGUAGCUGAGAGGGAACACCAAAUUGUCAAGGACUGCAAAAGAAAGCUCUAUUAAGUGCUAUUUACAACACAGAAAAUGAAGUGUGAUGAAUUGGCCUGUUUUUCUUACAAUAACUGUCAGUAGGAAGUCAUCUAAAAACAUAUAAUGAACAUGAUGUGCUUUUUCACUCUAGUUCAGAAAAUUCAAAUGAAACCUGUUCAUCUUUAAAUAUACAGUGCAAUUGUGAAUCUGUUGUCAGUUGUUAAGAAUUAUUGUAUUAAAUAGUAUCAGUUCUAAAUAAGACACAGGACAUCCAAUCCAGUGAUAAAUAGCGUAUGCUUUCCUAGUUUAUUCAAAGCUAAGAGAAUAUAUAUUUCCUGAUGAGAUAAUUGAUUUAUUUCAGGAAUGUCAUGUUUAAAAUUCAUAGAAUAUUGUCGUAAAAAAAAAAAAAAAAGCGCAAUUAAA